AUCUCAUUGGAUUCGUUCCCGGCAAGAAAAAGACAAGAGAUAAACAUGAUUGGAAGGAUCCCUUGAACCACCCAUCGAGGACGCCCCAAGAAUGGCAGCCUCGACGUCAACGCGCCUUUCGAGGGCGCUACCAGCAGCGGCAUCAUCGACCGGGACAAGACCACGAAGGCCAAACUACGCCUCUGGAGGGCUCGCCGGUUAAAUGUCCGACCGGCGACCUAUGACAAACAGUCAACACGAGAAGAGAACUAAUAGCACGGUACUUUGUAAAAGCCUCAGAUGCUCGAGUUUCAUUGUGUUCUACGUUAGGUUUACGAAGGGGUGAGAGCAGCAUGCCGGCGAAAGAACAUGCAAAAGGGGUAACUUAUCAGACCCGGGCUUCCACGUCGGACAAGUUGAUAACCGAACUACCAUGGUUGCACCACCCGGGCCACACUGCAAUAAAGAUAUUCAGUUGAUUUCUCGCCUCG